CUUGACUCCAACAAGGGUCCGACCAUCUUGGGGGUCAUACUGACCGUUUCUAUUCUCAGUACGAUAUUUGUCGCUGGGAGGGUGUACACCCGCAAAAAGAUCCUGGGCGCCUUGCAUCUUGAUGACUGGCUUACGAUUGUGUCGGUGAUAUUCGAAUGGACUCAGGUCGCUCUCUCUAUAAUAGCUGUCCGUCGGGGCAAUGGCAGACACUUUGAUACCCUCUCCCUGUCGCAGAAGCAAGAUGCCAUCCUCUUCACGAUACUGGGAUUCCCCUUUGGAGUCAUGGCCUUUGGCAUCCCCAAGCUGGCCGUCGUCGCCCUGCUGACGCGCAUAAUGAACCCCGGACGAGUGCAGCAGUUCAUCCUCUGGGGUCUCGCUGGGUGCUGCAUGCUGAGCUUGGCCGUGUGCAUCGUCAUCCUGUUUGCGCAGUGCAGACCCGUUGAAUCCCAGUGGGACUUUUCCAUCACCGAAAAGACGUGCUGGAGUCCUUACGUCCUGGUCGAUUUCGCUAUCUUUGCUGGAGCACUGUCGGCGACUACCGACCUGUACCUUGCCGUGUACCCCGGGGUUGUUCUGUGGAAGUUGCAAAUGAACAUUCGAAAGAAGAUUGCCUUGUCGUUUGCUUUGGGAAUUGGGUCAAUUUCCACCAUCGUCGCCAUUUACAAGUGUACUCGGCUUCCAUCAUUAGCAAGCCCUGACUUUUCUUAUGAUACCUCGGACCUAGUCAUCUGGACAAUCAUCGAGUCGAGUACCAUCAUCAUCGCAUGCUGCAUCCCCGUCCUCCAACCCCUCGUCGAUCUCCUCAUGGGCCGCCGUACCUUC